GUGCACAAAUUGAGACCGGGUGAUAUUAAAAUUGUAGCCGCUCUUGGAGAUUCUCUUACGGCUGGAGUUGGCAUCACUGCAAAGACUAUUCUUGAUCUACUGACAGAAGAGAGGGGAAAGUCGUUUAGUAUCGGUGGUGAUGGGACAUUUGAAGAUUAUGUAACAAUUCCUAACAUUUUAAAGAACUACAGCCCGAACAUCACAGGGUUUUCUGUUAAAACUGGUGGUUUAUACAGUAAAAAUGCCAAAUUCAACGUUGCAGAAGCAGGAAACGUUUUCCAAGACCUUUCAGACGAAGCUAGACUGUUGAUAACUAGAAUGAAAGCUGAUAUCAAUAUUGAUAUUAAUAAUGACUGGAAAUUAAUAACUAUCUUGAUUGGUGAUAAUGAUUUAUGUAAAUUCUGCAAUGAAGAUGUACCCGAGAGAUAUAAAUCUCUGUUAGAGAAAACUAUUCAAAUUUUACAAGAUAGUUUACCUAGAACUAUUAUCAAUCUCAUGGAAGUUUUAAAUGUUGAAAUAACCAAAGAUUUAAACAAAGGUCUUUUUUGCUCAGUCAUUCACUUUACCCUAUGUGGAUGUGCUUCCUAUCCUAAAAAUAAACAAGAUGAAAUCGACCUGAGAAAUGUAACCAGAGUAUAUCAGAAUAUAGUCAAUGAUAUAGCUACUUCCGGUAAAUUCGAAAAGGAUGAUUUUACUGUAGUGGAUCAACCAUUAUUUAGAAAUACGUAUCUACCAACAGUGGAAGGAGAACCAGAUUAUUCUUAUUUCGCACCUGAUUGUUUCCAUCUGAGUCACAAAGGUCAAGCAACAGCCGCAGUAGCCUUAUGGAAUAAUAUGUUUCAACCUGUUGGUAAGAAAGAUACGAACUGGGGAAUUGGUAAUCCAAUAUUCUGUCCAACAGAGGCAAGUCUUAAUAUUUCAGUUCAUCAAACAAUAUAA